AAAGGCUGUCAUGUUGGAACGAAUUAUUGUUAACCAAACUUUUUCAGGCGCAUGUCCUGUAUUUUGCCAAAAAUGUAUUAUUAUUUAUAUCGGCGAAAUAUUUACUCCCAUUUUAUUUUUUGAACAGCGAACAUUUUAAUAAAAUAUUUUUUAUGUGUCCUUUUGUAAAAAAAUUUGCCAUGGCGACUUUAGAAAAUUCUCUUAUAAAGAGUAAAUUCAGAGGUUGUUUGCUUGGUUCGUUAAUAGGGGAUUGUGUAGGAGCCCCAUUCGAAGGAGAUACUGUUACUAGUGGUGAUAAAAUAGUAAUCCAAAGAUACUUUGAAAAACUUCAAGACCCGUCUUUUAAAGCUCCUUAUAAACAAUAUACAGAUGAUACUGCAAUGAUGAAGUCUGUGGCAAAAUUCCUUAUUGACAAACCAGAACCUGACUAUAAAUUUUUAGCAAAAUUAUUUGUGAAUGAGUAUUACAAUGAACCGAAUCGUGGAUAUGGCCAAAAUGUUGUUGAGGUGUUCCAAAAAUUAAAAAAUACAAAAUAUGAAGAUGUAUUCAAACCGGCUCGAGAACAGUUCUUUGGCGGCGGGUCAUAUGGAAAUGGAGGAGCUAUGCGUAUAGCACCAGUGGCAUUAUACUUCCACAGUAAUUAUGAUGCUAUGAUAGAAGUUGCUAAAAAUGCAACAAAGAUUACUCAUUCAAAUGUUUUGGGUAUAAAUGGUGCUCUUCUGCAGUGUGUUGCAAUACAUCAAGCUUUAUUGUCCGAUCCCGAAAAUAGCAUUGAUCCCAAAACGUUUUGUUCAGAAUUAUCUACGAAAAUGAAGGACAUAGAAGAAGUUGAGGAAGAUAACUUAGACAAUAUAAAUAACGUAUACCAUGAAAAAUUGAAAAUUAUUGAACAACUGUUACAAAAAGAGCCUGAUACGGAAGAUUUAGAUGAAGAAGUUAUUACAAAAUUAGGUAAUGGAAUUCGAGCACAUGAGUCAGUGCCUACAGCUAUAUACUGUUUUUUGAGAGCUCAAAAUGAAAUUCCAGUCGUUGAGACUGAAAAUUCGUUCAGAAGGACAAUUCAGUAUGCAAUUACUCUAGGAGGAGAUACAGAUACAAUAGCAUGUAUGGCAGGGGCUCUAGCUGGAGCUUAUUUAGGAGAAGAUGCAAUCAAUUCAACUCUCACCAAACAUUGUGAAUUUAACAAAGAGGUAUUGGAGAUAGCAGAGAACUUAUACAGGGCCAGAGAAGGUUCUCCCACAAAUUAAAUUGAAUAACCGUCUAUUUUGUAUUAUAUACAAACAUGUAAAUAUUGUUUUUAUAAUUGUGAUUAAAUUAAUAUUAUUAGCAUUAUUUUGUCACUAAAUUUAAUUUGCUUCAUUAAGGUUUUAUUAUACAAGAAGAAUGUUGAAAUAUAUAGUCUAUAGGUGUAAAUU